GCCCGGACCACGAUGGAGCGCGACGGCUACGCGGGGGGCGGGAGCCGAGGCGAGGGCGGGCACGGCCGCCGGGAGGGCCCGGCGGGGAACGGCCGCGACCCGGGCCAUGGCAACGGCGCCGAGGCGCCCGGGGACCCGCAGACGGCCGCGUCCUUGCUGGCUCCCAUGGACCUGGGGGAGGAGCCGCUGGAGAAGGCGGCGCGCGCCCGCCCGGCCAAGGACCCCAAUACCUAUAAAGUGCUCUCGCUGGUAUUGUCAGUCUGUGUAUUAACAACAAUCCUUGGUUGUAUAUUUGGAUUGAAACCAAGCUGUGCCAAAGAAGUUAAAAGUUGCAAAGGUCGCUGUUUUGAAAGAACAUUUGGGAACUGUCGCUGUGAUGCUGCUUGCGUUGAACUUGGAAACUGCUGUCUGGAUUACCAGGAGACGUGUAUAGAGCCAGAGCACAUAUGGACUUGCAGCAAAUUCAGGUGUGGUGAGAAAAGGUUGUCCAGAAGCCUCUGCUCCUGUUCAGAUGACUGCAGGGACCAGGGCGACUGCUGCGUCAACUACGGCUCCGUGUGUCGAGGUGAGAAAAGUUGGGUGGAAGAAACGUGUGAGAGCAUUAAUGAGCCACAGUGUCCAGCAGGGUUUGAAAAACCUCCUACCCUCUUAUUUUCUUUGGAUGGUUUCAGGGCAGAAUAUUUACACACUUGGGGUGGACUUCUUCCUGUUAUUAGCAGACUGAAAAACUGUGGAACGUAUGCUAAAAACAUGAGGCCGGUGUAUCCAACAAAAACGUUCCCCAACCACUACAGCAUUGUCACCGGUCUUUAUCCAGAAUCCCAUGGCAUAAUUGACAAUAAAAUGUACGAUCCAAAAAUGAAUGCUUCCUUUGCACUUAGAAGUAAAGAGAAAUUUAAUCCUGAGUGGUACAAAGGAGAACCAAUUUGGCUCACAGCUAAAUAUCACGGCCUGAAGACUGCCACAUAUUUCUGGCCAGGCUCAGAUGUGGAAAUUAAUGGAACUUUACCGGACAUCUAUAAGAUAUAUAACGGUUCAGUGCCAUUUGAAGAAAGAAUUUUAGCUGUUCUUGAAUGGCUGCAGCUUCCUAACGAUGAAAGACCACACUUUUACACUCUGUAUUUAGAAGAACCAGAUUCUUCAGGUCAUGCCUAUGGACCAGUCAGCAGUGAAGUCAUUAAAGCAUUGCAGAGGGUUGACAACAUGAUUGGCAUGCUGAUGGAUGGUCUAAAAGAGCUGAAUUUGCACCGAUGCCUGAACCUCAUCCUCAUUUCAGAUCAUGGCAUGGAACAAGGCAGUUGUAAGAAAUAUGUGUACCUGAAUAAGUAUCUGGGGGAUGUUAAAAAUAUUAAAGUUAUAUAUGGACCUGCAGCUCGGUUGAGACCCUCUGAUGUCCCUGAUAAAUACUAUUCAUUUAAUUAUGAAGGCAUUGCCAGGAAUCUUUCUUGCCGGGAGCCAAACCAGCACUUCAGACCUUACCUAAAACAGUUCUUACCCAAGCGGUUGCACUUUGCUAAAAGCGACCGGAUUGAGCCCCUGACUUUCUAUUUGGACCCUCAGUGGCAGCUUGCAUUGAAUCCCUCAGAAAGGAAAUAUUGUGGAGGUGGAUUUCAUGGCUCUGACAACAUAUUUUCAAAUAUGCAAGCCCUCUUUAUUGGCUAUGGACCUGGACUCAAGCACAGCAUCGAAGUUGAUUCCUUUGAAAAUAUUGAAGUCUAUAACUUAAUGUGCGAUUUACUGAAUUUGAAACCUGCUCCUAAUAAUGGAACUCAUGGAAGUCUUAACCACCUUCUAAAGAAUCCUGUUUACAACCCAACGCAUCCCAAAGAAGUCCGGCCUCUGGCACAGUGCCCCUUCACAGAGACCCCCAGAGAUAACCUGGGCUGCUUGUGUGACCCCUCGAUGGUUCCAGUCGUGGAUUUUCAGACCCAGCUGAAUCUGACCGUGGCAGAAGAGAAGGUUAUUAAGCGUGGCACUUUACCCUAUGGAAGACCCAGAGUUCUCCAGAAGAACAGCACUGCCUGUCUGCUCUACCAGCACCAGUUUGUGAGUGCUUACAGCCAUGACAUCCAAAUGCCCCUUUGGUCAUCCUACACCGUGGACAGAAAUGACAGUUUCUCUACAGAAGACUUUUCCAACUGCCUUUACCAGGAUCUUCGAAUUUCUCUCAGUCCUGUCCAUAAAUGUUCAUUUUAUAAAAAUAAUGCUAAAAUAAGUUAUGGGUUCCUCUCCCCACCACAACUAAAUAAAGGUUCAAAUGAAAUAUAUCCUGAAGCAUUGCUUACUACUAAUAUAGUGCCAAUGUACCAGAGUUUUCAAGUUAUAUGGCACUACUUUCAUGUCACCCUCCUGCCACGGUAUGCUGAGGAAAGAAACGGCGUCAAUGUCGUCAGCGGGCCUGUGUUUGACUCUGAUUAUGAUGGGCAUUAUGAUGCCUCGGAGACUCUGAAGCAAAAUAGCAGAGUCAUCCGUAAUCAAAAAAUCGUGAUUCCAACUCACUUCUUCAUUGUGCUAACAAGUUGUAAAAAUACAUCCCAGACUCCCUUACACUGUGAAAACUUAGAUACCUUAGCUUUCAUUUUACCGCACAGGACUGAUAACAGCGAGAGUUGUGUGCAUGGGAAGCAUGAAUCCUCGUGGGUUGAAGAGUUGUUAAAAUUGCACAGAGCUCGGAUCACAGAUGUUGAACACAUCACUGGACUCAGCUUCUAUCAAGAAAGGAAGGAGCCAAUUUCAGACAUUUUAAAGUUGAAGACACAUUUGCCAACCUUUAACCAAGAAGACUGAUAAUUUUUUUAUUCCAAAAACACACCAUAAAUCUUUUUGAAAGAACCUUCUAUUUUAUACAGCCCUCUGUUCACAUUAUUGCAUUGUUUGGAAACUGUCGACCCGAGCUAGCACUGGGACUCCUCUGUCACAUGACCGUCUCAGGGAAACCAUGGCCUCAGCAUAGCAGUAGGACAGUGUUCCUGUUGAGUCUUGCACACGUUUGAAUGUGCAAGAGUUGUUCACAUCUGGGAAUAAAGACAGACCAAACCUAAAACUGCUCUUCUCCUUCUCUUAAGGCAGAAGAAGCCUGUGAACAUUGUCUGGAUAUCAGAUAUUUGAAUAUUUUGAUCAUUAAUAAACUUCUACGGAGCUGGCAACACCAGAAGUAUGAAUAGGAUUGGAGUAAUUCUUGUUACAGUAGUAUCUUCACAAGCAUUUAAAAGUGAUUCUUUUAAAAGUGAUAUUGAAAUUUCAUUUAUUUUAGUUUUAAUAAAAAAAAUUAAUGGAAACAAAA